AUGUUAAGGUUUAUUCCGUGUCUAUCUUCAAAAGCCACACAAUGUCUACUUAUCUCCAACUUUCAAUUCCAGGUGUACGAUGGCAUUGCGGUCCGUAUGAAGGAAGAGUUUGCUUCUUACGAGUCCCACAAAGCUAACAACAGUGGAAGCAUUGUGAGCGGGUUUUUAAUGACAGCUGUAAGUUGGAAACGCCCAUUGUUCGGUUUGUGGUUUGACUCUGUAACACAUGAGAAGAUAUCUGGGAACGUGGGAAGUUAUUUCAUUGUGGAGACACCCACAAUUAAUCUGAUUCGACCGGAAGGACACACGUCUCUGCAGGGUAAUGUGAAAGACGUUCCGUCCAUGACACAAUCCGGGAAGCCGCUUCAUGAUACAGUUGGCCCGAUAUUCGACAUCUUACAGUAUAUUUUCAUAAAGGAAACUGCUCACAAGGUUGCUGAAACCUCAUCGAAACCCACGACCGGUUUCGCCCUUCUUAGGGCUCAUCAGGUAGGCGCAGUCUCCGAGUUUCCGUCAAACUUAUGUUCUAAUUUAACCCGAAUCGGGUUGUUUUUGAGAAGUACUUUCAUUCGCAAAUCAAUUUGGUUUUCACGAGAGACUCAACUGAAUCUCUCGUUUAUGAUAAUCUACAAGUGCGCCUACCUGAUGAGCCCCAUGAAGAGCGAAACCGGUCCAGUCAUGGGGGGUGCUGAGCAAAUGUUUGUAUUCGAAACCUUUUUCACCAACGUACCAACUCUGGUCAAUUUUACCAGGGCGGUAAAAUCAGAUAACUUCGUCGCCAUCAUCACCACAAUCGAUAGCCUGUUCCUACUAUCUUCAGCUUCCUAUGGUUUAUGGGUUUAUGGCCACAUAAAACCUCAGAUACUCGUUGAAUCAUUAUUGUGUUUUGCCAUAUCCAUAUUCGUCUACGUUGCAGCACUCAAAGCUCCCAUUGAAUGCUGCAAAAUGAUAGAACCUGAUUUGAAGAGUGGUUGCCCAAAUCAGUUCAUCAGGACCAACAGCUACUUCUUCAAUGGUUGUGAAUCCAAUCUGAGGCAAUAUCUACACGAGCACAUACCCGUGAUUGUCUACGCAUCUCUGUCUGUGUUGCCGCUCGACGCCUUGGAUGUUGCGCGGGCUCCUGAAUAA